AUGCGGCGGUUUGGAUGCGUCCCCUUUGGGACGACCUGUUGGUACGACCUGUGGGACGACCUGUGGCAGCGACCGAUGCCGUCACCGGACGCGGCGGCGAGGCACACGGGCGCCGGCGUGGCGCGUCGGCAGGCCCACCACGAGCGGAUGCGCGACGAGCGCGCUCGGGAAGCGGCCGCGGGCGACGCGGAGCUUCCGCCGGAGGACGACGCGGUCGAGAUGGCGAGCGCCGCCCAGCUGCUGGACAGCGUGGCGGAGGUGGGCCCGAACUACACCCUGCUGCGCAGCAAGGAGACGAAGGCGAAGCGGCGGAAGCGACAGCGCGAGGAUGCCAGGGCGGCGCUCGACGGCCACACUGUCCUGCCCACCGGAUCGCGCCUCGAGAUCUUCUGCGACAGCGAGCGGUGGUACCCUGCGACCGUCAUGGCGCGGGAGGAGGACGGGGACGGACGGAUCGUGCACGAGGUCGAGUACGACGGCUACCCGGAUCGGCGGUGGUGGCACAUGCUGGACGAGGAGCGGUGGCGCGCCGUCCCAGAGCAGGCCGGCGCGGGCGCAGGCGGCGCUGCCGGAGACGGGGAUGGGGAUGCGGCGAUGGACCGCGUGGACGGCGAGCAUGGCGCCCGUGCCGCGGGCGACGCCGAGGCGGCCGAGGUGCGGCCGGCGCCGCCUCCUGUGCGCCGGGGCGUGCGGCGCAGCGCGCUGGCGGACGCCCUCGAGGCGGAGGAUGACGAGCAGCAGGAGGAAGCUGCGCGUGGCGAUGGGCGGCCGAUGCUAGCGCCCCACGGGCCGGCGCUGUCGGCGCAGCUUCGGGUCGUGCGCCUGCGGCUGCGCGAGUUCCUGGCGACGCAGGCCGCGGCGGGGAAGAGCGUGCCGAUGCAGCGGACGGCCCUCG